UGCUCAGUGAGGAAGGAGCUGCGCCACUGCUCAACACUGCCUGCUCUCUCCUCUAAUACAUCAUACACGAUAUGGGCUCGAUGAGGGGCUCAGAGGUGUGGGUACUGGUGCUAAUGAUCAGCACGGUGGUGAUGAAGAUGCAGGUGGAGGGGCGCAGUAUGAGGGCAGAUGAGGACAUACAGCGCCUCCUGCACGGUGUGAUGGAACAGCUGGGCAUCGCCAGACCCCGUGAGGAGUACCCAGCUCACCAAGCUGCUCAUGUAGCUGGUCCUCUCAGUAUCCAGGGUGGUGCUCAUGAGGGACUUCAGCAUCUAGGACCUUAUGGGAACAUCCCAAACAUUGUUGCAGAACUGACUGGGGACAAUGUCCCAAAAGACCUCAGCGAGGACCACAGCUAUCCUGACCCACCUAACCCGUGUCCACUGGGAAAAACUGCUGCUGAUGGGUGUUUAGAGAAUUCACCAGACACGGCAGAGUUCAGUCGAGAGUUUCAAAAACAUCAGCAUCUUUUUGACCCAGAGCACGACUACUCUGCAUUGGCCAAGUGGAAUAAGAAGCUGUUGUAUGAAAAAUUGAAAGGAGGACCUAAAAGGAGUAAAAGGAGCAUUAACCCAUAUCUGAUGGGACAGAGACUGGACAAUGUGGUGGCUAAGAAAUCUGUUCCACAUUUUCCAGAGGAGGAAGAGAUGGAAACCACUACAAGCCAUAUCAAAGUGUAAACUUUAUCAUAUACUGACAGUUGUAUAAUAAAACUGUGGUAAUUAACAGUGCUCAUCCAAAUUAGAACCAGUAAACCUAAAUCACAAGAACUGAACUGAACCGAAUGCUGAUCAUCCCAAGUGUAUUUUCCCUUUACUGUUUUUAGUUUGUUUUUAGUAAGUUAAAUAAAACAAAUAUGUUUGUGUGCA